AUGGGUGACUGCCGUGUUUUAGGCCCUAGCGAGGGCAGCAGGGAGGGGGCCGAUGGAGAGGCCAUGCCAUUGCAGGAGUCCGCGGCAGCGGCGGUCCCGGAGCCCAGAAAGCCGCACGGCGUGAAGCGGCAUCACCACAAACACAACUUGAAGCACCGCUACGAGCUGCAGGAGACCCUGGGCAAAGGCACCUACGGCAAAGUCAAGAGGGCCACCGAGAGGUUCUCCGGCCGAGUGGUUGCUAUAAAAUCCAUCCGUAAGGACAAAAUUAAGGAUGAACAGGACAUGGUUCACAUCAGACGAGAGAUUGAGAUUAUGUCAUCCCUCAGCCAUCCUCAUAUCAUCAGUAUUUAUGAAGUGUUUGAGAACAAAGAUAAGAUUGUGAUCAUCAUGGAGUACGCCAGCAAAGGGGAGCUGUACGACUACAUCAGCGAGCGGAGGCGCCUCAGCGAGAGGGAGACCAGACACUUCUUCCGGCAGAUCGUCUCGGCCGUCCACUAUUGUCACAAGAACGGUGUGGUCCACCGGGACCUGAAGCUGGAAAAUAUACUGCUCGAUGACAACUGCAAUAUUAAGAUUGCUGACUUUGGGCUUUCCAACCUGUACCAGAAGGACAAGUUCUUGCAAACAUUUUGUGGAAGCCCACUCUAUGCAUCUCCUGAAAUUGUCAAUGGGAGGCCUUACCGAGGGCCAGAGGUGGACAGCUGGGCCCUGGGCGUGCUGCUUUACACCCUUGUUUAUGGAACAAUGCCCUUCGAUGGCUUCGACCACAAGAACCUCAUUCGGCAGAUCAGCAGCGGAGAGUACCGGGAGCCCACGCAGCCCUCAGAUGCUCGAGGACUCAUUCGGUGGAUGCUGAUGGUGAACCCCGAUCGUCGGGCCACCAUCGAGGACAUCGCCAACCACUGGUGGGUGAACUGGGGCUACAAGAGCAGCGUCUGUGACUGCGAUGCCCUUCACAACUCCGAGUCCCCGCUCCUGGCUCGGAUUAUCGACUGGCACCACCGGUCCACGGGGCUGCAGGCUGAGGCCGAAGCCAAAAUGAAGAACCUGGCGAAGCCCGGGGCCUCUGAGGUCAUGCUGGAGCGGCAGCGGUCGCUGAAGAAGUCCAAGAAAGAGAACGACUUUGCCCAGUCUGGCCAGGACUCGGUGCCCGAAAGCCCAUCCAAGCUGAGCUCCAAGAGACCCAAAGGGAUCCUGAAGAAGCGAAGCAACAGCGAGCAUCGCUCUCACAGCACCGGCUUCAUCGAAGGCGUCGUCAGCCCUGCCUUACCCUCUGCUUUCAAGAUGGAGCAGGACCCGUGCCGGACUGGCGUGCCCCUGCCAAGCUCCCCCGAGGCCGAGGUGCCAGGGAAACUCAGCCCCAAGCAGUCGGCCACCAUGCCCAAGAAAGGCAUCUUGAAAAAGACACAGCAGAGAGAAUCGGGUUACUACUCCUCCCCGGAGCGCAGCGAGUCUUCAGAGCUGUUGGACGGUAACGACGGGAUGGGCAGUGGUGUCCUGUCCCCCAGCCCCCCUGACCCAGCCAGGGUGACUGGCCACAGCCUCUCCUGCCGCAGGAAGGGCAUCUUGAAACACAGCAGCAAGUACUCCGCAGGCACCAUGGACCCGGCCCUCGCCAGCCCCGAAAUGCCCACACUGGAAUCCCUGCUGGAGCCCAGCGUACCCGCCGAGGGCCUCUCCCGGAGCUACAGCCGGCCUUCCAGCAUCAUCAGCGACGACAGUGUCCUGUCCAGUGACUCCUUUGACUUGCUGGAUUUGCAGGAGAAUCGCCCCAUCCGACAGCGCAUCCGCAGCUGUGUCUCUGCCGAAAACUUCCUCCAGAUCCAAGACUUUGAGGGGCUCCAGAAUCGGCCCCGGCCCCAGUACCUGAAGCGGUACCGGAACCGGCUGGGAGACAGCAGCUUCUCCCUCCUCACGGACAUGGAUGACGUGACUCAGGUCUACAAGAAAGCUCUGGAGAUCUGCAACAAACUCAACUAGCUCCCGGGGUGCAGGGGUGGGCUGGGGGUGGGUACGAGGGAGGAAGGGAAGCAGUGACUUGUGCUAACACGCUGGUUACCUCUUUGCUGGCCAUAAUGAUAGACUGAAAAGGGAUUGGUGCCAUCUCACUUGGCCAAGGUUGCAGCCUUGAGCCAGCACCUAGAAGGGAGAAAUGAGCUCUCUGCCAGUCCUGUCACCUGCCAGUCAGAAUUUGGGUCCUAAUCGGCAUUGGCUUUAUGGCACCCCUUAGAGGCCCAGCUGUCCAAGGAAGGUGGUGUUGGCCAGCAUUUAGAGGGUGGGAGAAGGCAUAUGGGAGAGGGAACAUUUCCCUAGAAGUUGUCCAAAUACUUCUGGAGGAGGGCGGGAGAGCCUGGGGCCAUCUGCUUUGGGUGAGCUCAGAGCUCGCUCCUUCUCACGUGAGCAAGCUUGGUCUGACCGCGUGGGGUUGGCAAGUAGAUUUCAGCAGCCUGAGCUUGAAUGGGCGAUCGAUUGGUGGUGGCAGCUGGCUGUGCUGGUGUGAGUAGCCCAGGCACAUGGGAAGGAGCAGGAGCACUCAUGCCACAUAGUUGCCCUCCUUGACCUGGCUAAGCCCUGGGAGUUAGGUUAAGGCAUCCUGCGGGAUCCGUGUCCUCUCUCAAUGCUACCGGUGUGGCGUGGGUUCAUUUGCUACUCUACCUUGAAUGGAAGACAGGGCCUUGGUCAGAGAGAAUGUCUGGACUCGGCUAAGGACUUAAGAGUCAGACCAUGGUGAUUUUUUGCUGCCUUUUCUGAUGUCUGCGUUGCUCUUCAGCACAACUUCCCAAGAGUGGAUGGGAAAAGGAUGUGGUGUCAGAGGUCAAAACUGGUGGAGAACAGAGCUUGGGCCCCUCUGUGGUCCGUGCGCAAUGCAUGGAAAUUGACCCACACCAGCAAGGGGGCAACUUGUCAUUUCUUUAACAUCUCAAUAUUAACUGGAAUGCCGCCUUUUGGGUUCAUUCUCACCUGCAUGAAUGCUCUGAAUCGGAUGUGAUACUGUCCCUAGCCUCCAAAGGAGUCACUGGCUCACCCGUUGACCCUGUUUAGUGAUAGCAGACAGUCUCCCCAUCCACCACAUGUGGAAUCCUCAGAGGUAGGCGAGUUUGCUUCUAGGUAGUUAGUGUGUAGGUGGGAUAUUUGGAUGAGGGAGAGGAAAGUCAGGCAGAAGGCGCUUUUUCCCCAAAUCUAGGUAUUCUGUGUCAUGGGUUUGAACCCCUAGGCUUUUGGGGAAAGAAAGUUUCAUCCUUUCGAAUGAGUAAGGUGUUGGAAGAGCAGAGUGGGUUGGGAGGAAGCAUAUGGAAGAGGAGACAUUUCCCUAGAAGUCAUCCAGAUGGCUCUGGAGGAGGCAGAGAUGAGGUGUGAUAGGACUCUUAUCCUUAAAAGCAACCUAAAUAAGUAUUUAACUUCUGGCACCCAGAUUGCAGGUGACAAGACGUCAUUCCCACAAUGGGACAUCUUCAGAUACUGGGUUUGGAAUUAAUGGUGUCAUUUGUGAAUUUGGGAUGACUUCAGAUUCCACUGGCCUGGGGAAAUUGAAACCCUCGUCUCAAGUUGGCCAACUUCUGGUAGCCACCUAGAGAAAAAAGAAGACUAGUCUGGGAGGUAUUUUUGGGAAAACCAACAGGCAAUAGCUCAUAGGGAGCUGAGGAAGAAUUCACCUUAAGGCACUAAGAACAUUAAUGAGAACAAAACUGCCCUUUCCCUAAGGAGAUGGCUGCCUUUCUGCCACCAGCUCUGGGGCUUUGUCAUGUGCAUUCCUUCAGGUCGAGCUGAGUAAUGUAUUGUGGGAAGCUUCUCAGUUUCCUUUCAUUCAAUUCCACCUCCUUCCUGAGCUCCAGUGUAGGUUCAAAGGGAAAGAAAUCUGUAGGUGGCAAAUUGUGUGUGGAGGGUGUGUGGGUGCAAGGAGGGCAUUGUGCACCCUCUGAGCUCUCGGCUCCUUUUCUCGUUCUGUGCAGCACCCCAUAGUGCCACACCUCCGGUCCUCAUGCAUGGCAGCCGGCCUAGCUGGUAGCUGUCGGUGUGACUUAGGUAUAACACCUACCUGCUGGUUGAUGUGUUGUUUUUUUCCUUUUGCCGAGUGCUUGCCUCUGUUUGGUAUUUUCCAGCCUUCUAAUCUUUAAAUAAAAAUGACACUAUUAAGAAAAACUAUCCCCCCCCCCAAAAAAAAACCACAACAACACACACACGCACACAUGUAUGUUCUCUUUUGUCAAUAAACCCAGACUCGAUUGUGGCAAAGACAGCCCUCCACUCAGAGGCCGAGAUUCUAAGUUGAGUCCUGGUGUGCUGCUAACUAGCUGGUGGCUUCAGGCACCUGCAGAGUUUUAGGGACUAAGUUUCCCCUUCAGUAAGAGCUGGAGGGGUGGAUUAGCUGGUCUCUUAGGCCCUGCCUAGUCCUGACAGUCUACUAAAUCCUCUGAUUCUAGAUGUGAUGUUGACUCUGUCUUUUCGAGGAAAACCUUGGAAUAGAGGGAAAAGCCCAGAAAAGCAACUUUCUCUGCUUCCUGAUUAAGCCCUACCACCCCUACCUGCCAAUCCCCAGCCAGGGAGGUUGUUGCUUGAUUCAUUUCCACGGAAUCACAAGUGAGAGACACUUUUAUGACCCAGUGGACCAGGCAGGAGAUUCGAUGUCAGCUCUCCUGGUCCUUUCCUUGCCUCUUGGGCCUCUCAGUGUCUUAGUUUACACAUCUGCCAAAGGAGUGGAAUGAUACUCCUUUUUACAGGUAAAUUUCAAAGGCAUGAUCAGUUUUCAGGAAGUGCUUCAAGACCCCAGGCGAAAUGAAAAUGCUAUGAACUCACUGAAUUUCCAUUCCUGCUAUAAAGUGCUGCUGCUUCAGAUGACAGGGAGCACUUUUCAGGGUGGGAUUCAGGUGAGGGUUGCCCAGGCCUGCUGUCUUGAGUACAAUGUGAAUGAUCGACUGACUGCUUAUUGCCAAACUGGAAAUGUUCUGUAGGGAUUAACUGGCAUGGUAUCAUUCCUAGAAGAGAAAAAAGAGAGAGAGAGAAACUUGACUGCACAUUUUUUUUUAAAAGAAAAAUCCAAGUUGUGACUUUUA